AUGGAGAAGGGGGCGCCCUGGGGAAUCCUGCCUCGCCUGUGCGUGCUGUGCACGGCGCUGCUCUGGCAACUUUGGCCCUGCGGCGCCCACGGCAACUGGAUGUGAGUAGAAGCGGGUGCCGAGCGGGAUUCCUCAUCUCCCGGGGGUGGGGUGAUCGAAUUGGCUGCGCCUCUCCUGCCUUUGGGACAAAUGCAAGUCGUUCUCAGCUUUGCAGAAUGUCUCUCAAAGAUAAUAGAAUCGUAGAGUUGGAAAGGGACCGCGAGGAUCAUUAAUCCAACCCCUUGCAAUGCAGGAAUACGCAGUUGUCCCAUACGGGGAUCGAACCUACAAGCUUGGCGUUAUAUCAGCACGGUGCACAAACAACGACGUUACCCAGGCGUUAACUCGAUUCCGAGCUUUGGGCAGUUUUCACACGUGCGGGGUUUGAAUCUCCCGGGUCUGUGCAUAAAUAGAACGACACGGAAGCGCCUUUCUUUCUUUCUUUGCACGUGCGAGGCGCGUUUAUAAGGAAAGCUCUUUGGUGGGUUGUCACGCGACUUUCAAACCUUCGCCUGGUGGGCCAGGAUGCUCAUUCCCAUAACAAAUGCCGCCGCGCUAGUAAAGCUCAAAGGGGCGGUUGCAUGCAUAGUCAUUUAUGCCGAUCCAAAAGGAGCUGCUUUACUAAGGAGGCUCAAAGAAUCCGGGGAAUCCUGUGUCUUCUUGAGAGAAGGAACGCCAAGGCAGGAUGUGUGCAAAUGCUCCUGAAACACCUUUUAAAGGUCCCUUUUUAAACUGGGAAAUGUUAGUGCGCGAUAUAUAUAUAUAUAUAUAUAUAUAUAUAUAUAUAUAUAUGGCAGACAUCGCCUGUACAUUUUCACCAGGGUUGCCAUUUUCCCCAUCAAAUAACACAUUGCAAACGUAGCAACGCGGAAGGCUGAUUUCAUCCUUACAAGUUUCUCGGACGCCCUAGAAAGCGAACUUUUUCGAUUCCUUUAUUAAAAAUAAAUACAAACCUGCCUCCCCUUUUAUAAUAUUCACAAAUGGUGGCAGCAAGGUUUGCAGAUCUAUUUUGUGUGUGUUGUUUGAGAAGAACCUGAAACCCCGAUUUGAUUUGAAGAUACGCAUCUGUUUGAAACUUGGUUACAUGGUCUACAAUUUAGCAUGCAUUUAUUUAUAUCCUAUCUUUCCUCCAAGAAGCUGAAGGGUACAUGCAUGGUUCCCCCCCCCUCCCCGUUUUAUCCUCGCAACAACCUUGCAGGGUAGGUUAGGCUAAGAAACGGUGGCUGGUCCAAUGAAAUUCAUGGCUGAGUGAAGAUUUAAAGCUGGUCUCCCAACGCUCUAAACACCAGAUCACCCCUGGAUGCUCUCACCCAGCAUGGAAUGGAGAAAGUGGACUGCGAAGCAUUUCUCUCUUGCUCUGUAAAUACUGGAAACCAGGGUUGUCAAAUAAGGGGGGAUCCAGCACACCAGUUACAUGGCAACAGUAGUGGGUUUCUUGCUUCCCAGCUUCUCACGGGCAUUUGCUUGGGAAAGAGAAUGUCGUUGGUCUCAUCCCGCAAGGCUUUUUUUAGUUGGUGCUCAGAAGAUGUGUUCUGUGAAACAAUUCUGCUCCUUUCACAUUUGCAGAGAUAAUUUUGUGCUCAGGAUCUGGCAAGGUGGAAUCCUGCCUGGAUAUGUCUUGUGGUGAUUAAAUUAAACACACACAAAUGCCAUGGGUUUGGGGUGUUUGCGGGAAUGUCAUUAACUGCAGAUGUGAUACAGGCUGUUACAAUCCAGUAGUCUCUCAUGACUGCAUUUUCCCAAGUGGCUCCAGGAAUUGUGUUUGAAUUAUCUCAUAUCAGUACAGUGGUACCUCGGGUUACAUACGCUUCAGGUUACAGACUCCGCUAACUCAGAAAUAGUACCUCGGGUGUAGAACUUUGCUUCAGGAUGAGAACAGAAAUCGUGCAGCGGCGAUGUGGCGGCAGCAGGAGGCCCCAUUAGCUAAAGUGGUGCUUCAGGUUAAGAACAGUUUCAGGUUAAGAACAGACCUACGGAACGAAUUAAGUACUUAACCCAAGGUACCACUGUAUAUCAGAAGGGGAAAGCUACAUUGUUUUUAAAAUCGCCCUUUGUUUACUAUGGGAAUUUCCCGGUCAAAGGGCUUUGUACAGUUUCUCAGUGACAUCUAUCACCUACCAAGGGACUGUUGCCGAGUUAGAAGGCCACAGUGGGGAGCCUCUAGCCCAGCCUUCCCUAACACUGGGUCUCCAGAUAUUGUUGGACUACAAUUCCCAUCAUCCCUGGUAGCUGCGGAUGAUGGCAGUUGUAGCCCAACACCACCACCCAAGUUUGAGAAAGGGUGCCUAGCCCUUGGACCUCAUUAGAUUCUCUAGAACUCCUGUGGGGCCCUUUUGUCCAAGCUCACCUGCCCCACACCUGAAGACAUGUAAGGUAAAGAAAGAAAAAACGGGUCGCCUGAUGUCAUGGUGGUGCCAGGUGAUUGACAGAUGGGUGACUCCACCCAGCUGUCAAAUCCGGCGCUCUGGGGAUAUGGGAGCUAGUGAUCCCUCCUGCAGGAUCCUCUCAGGCAACAGUCUUGCCCUGCCACAUAAAUCCACGAUGCCUAGUACUAACCCCUCCCUCUCCCCUCCAGUCCUAGCUUAUCGUCUGAUUUCAGGUGCUUCUUGUUCCACACUUAUUGCUGGGGAAUGUGGCAUUUGGAAGUGUCAUAUAAUGCUUUCGGAAGUGGCCCAAUAAAGAUUACAAGGUAUUCUGAGCAUCACUUUUUUUUUAAGGGAAAUGCCCAGAUUUAUUUAUUUACCUUGGAAGUCAAACGGAAUCCGUUCCAGAAGUUCGUUUGACUUCCAAAAGAUUUGAAAACCAAAUCACAGCUUCCGUCGAACGUUUGGUUUCCAAAAGAACGUUCACAAACCGGAACAAUCACUUCCGGGUUUGCGGCGUUCAGGAGCCAAAACGUCCGAGUUCCAGGGCAUUCCGGUUCCAAGGUACAACUGUACUUGAUUGAUUGAUUGAUUGAUUGAUUGAUUGAUUGAUAUACGGCCCUUUGUCAUAAGAUCUCAGGGCGGUUCAAAGAUUAAAAUGCAGGAUAAAACAAGUAAAUAAGUAAAACCAAACAACAAAAUAAUAACACCCCCCUUCCCACAUCAAUCAGCCAAAGGCCUGAUGAAGAGGAACGUUUUCACCUGGUGCCUAAAAAUAUAGAAACAAGGUGCCUGGCGAACUGCCCUGGGGAGAGCACUCCAUAAGCAGGGAGCCACUACAGAAAAGGCCCAUUCUCAUGGUGCCACCACCUGGACAUCACGUGGAGGAGGCUAAGGAAGAAGGGCGUCAGGUGAUGAAUGCAGAGAGGCGGUCCUUGAGGUAUUGCGGCCCUGAGCCAUUUAAGGCUUUAUAGGUCAAAACCAGCAUUUUGAAUUGGGCCCAGAAACUAAUUGGUGGCCAGUGCAGGAGUGCCAGGAUCAGUGUAAUAUGAUCUAACUGGUGACCAUUGUUUAAUAUCCAGAUGUCGAGGACCACAACUCCCAUUGGUCUCAGCCAGCGUGGCCAAUGGUCAGGGAUGAUGGAGGUUGUAGUCCAGCGGCAUCCGAAGGACACAGCCUUGGCUACUCCCUCUGUGGGUCUUCUGUGAAUUUGUAUUCCUUUGACCCUCUGGUGUUUUGAUAGUCCUUUCACAUUGCUGGGUUGCUUGAGCCAUGGCUCCUCUUUCCUGUUUUGGCUGCUCUCGUCUUACGUGUGUCAAAUGAAAUGUCUGGUGCUUGGGUCUCACCCCAGGGGCUGCUUUUUCAGGUGGCUGGGCAUGGCCUCCUUCGGUGUCCCCGAGAAACUGGGCUGCGCCAACCUGCCUCUGAACGGCCGUCAAAAGGACCUGUGCAAGAAGCAGCCCAACCUCCUGCCCAGCAUCCGCGAAGGAGCCCGCCUGGGGAUUCAGGAGUGCCAGAGCCAGUUCAAACACGAGCGCUGGAACUGCCUCCUGCCGCUCGAGACGGCUUCUACGGCUUCCAACCCUUCGCCUAUCUCUGCGGCUCCUGCUUCCUCCGGCUUUGGCUAUGAACUGAGCAGCGGUAGGUCCUCUGGUUGGGAGGAGUGGGAAAGUGGCGGGUUUGAGACGCACCGUCUCACGUCCCAUCCAUGCAAUGCACAUUAGAAAUUAGCCGGGUGCCUUUUGUGACUGGCGCGGGGCCAAUUGUGACCACUUGGAGACCAUGUGGCAAAGGUUCCCCGUCCUUUGCACUAAUUCAAAGGUAGCCAACAAUUGCCUUCCAAAUGUCGGUGGUCUACAAUUCCUGUCUUCCCCAACCAGCAGAACUAGUGGUCAUUGUUGUUGCAACAUCUUGAGGUAAAGGUAAAGGCUCCCUGGACGGUUAAGUCCAGCCAAAGGCGACUAUGGGGUUGUGGCGCUCAUCUCGCUUUCAGGCCGAGGGUGCCGGCAUUUGUCCACAGACAUCUUUCCGGGUCAUGUGACCAGCAUGACUAAACCACUUCUGGCACAAAGAAAACCAGAGCGGACGGAAAUGCUGCUUAACUUCCCGCCACUGUGGUACCUGUUUAUCUACUUGCACUGGUGUGCUUUCAAACUGCUAGGUUGGCAGGAGCUGGGACCGAACAAUGGGAGCUCACCCCUUCACGGGGAUUCGAACCACCAACCUUCCAAUUGGCAUGGCCAAGAGGCUCAGUGGUUUAGACCACAGCACCACCUACGUCUUUUAAACUAGCUGGCUAAAUUAGUCCUAUUUGGGCCAGCAUGGAGACCAGGGGAGAAUUAGCUGUGGGAUCCCAGAGCGGGCAAUCUUCAUAAAAAGGGGAGGGGGGAGGGAAGGAAGGAAGGGGACUAAAUGAUCAGGCUAAUUUCAAGUUGAAAGCCAGGUGGAAUAGCUUUGUCUUACAGGCCCUGCGGAAGGAAGUUAAAUCCUGCAGGGCCCUGGUCUCAUGGGACAGAGCAUUCCACCAGGUCAGAGCCAUCACUGAGAAGGCCCUGGCCCUGGUGGAGGAUAAUCUAAAUUCCUUAGGGCCCGGGACCUCUAAACUAUGAUUAUUCAUUGACCUUAAGGUCCUCUGCGGGGCAUACCAGGAGAGGCGGUCCUGUAAAUACGAGGGCCCUAAGCCACAAAGGGCUUUAAAGGUCAAAAUCAGUGAUCUCAGUACACUGGCCCCAAUCCAAAGUAAGCUGGUAACACUGAAGUCCCUUUGAACUCCCUUGUGACUAAAUUGCCCUGUUGAUUUCGGCUGGACAUAAACUGAAUGAAUUUCCCCAGGAAGGGGGCCAAGAUUUCUCUCUCUCCUGCUGGCUUAAUGGGAGCGGGCACCAUUCUGGCCACAGGAUAAUGCUGCCAACCUUUUUGAGUGAUGUUUCAAAGAGUGGUACCUUCCUAUCUGGGAUGGUCGGCCUCUUCCAUCAAGCGUGCAGCUUUGGGAGGGAAGCACAUGAGGCGGUGAGGGUGGAAGAGGACAGCCGCCUAGCCCACCAUUUCAGUAGAAUCCAACACUGGCGAUCAGUGGGGUUACAGAUGUCGCAGCCAGAUCGCCCUCACAUCCUAGAGAUUGAAUUCCAAACCCUUAGCAGCGCAGCCGACAAAACCUGUUUCCCUUUGGGGUUGGGAAUUCCACCCUCGUUUGGUCAGGACACUCCGUAUUUACAACAGCUUUCAAUCCCCACCUACGCAGAGCUCUUUCCCUUGCAAGAUUUAAUAUCUUGCCGCUAGCAGGUAGGUUUUCGACAAUCCCAUCCUCUGAAAGUCACUGCCCUUGUGGCACAAAACAGGUCGGAUUCCUCACAUGUGUUUUGUUUUAUUUCCCAGUUUGUGCAAAAAAGUAUGAUAAAUAUUUGGCCCCCUUUUUGAAGGAGGGGAUUUAUCGACUCUUCCAGGGUGUCUUAUCUGCUGAGCAAUUGUAGAAAUGACAUUGUGGAGAAUGUGGCAAGAUUUUUGAGUGACGCCACGAAAUUACGUCACCGUAGGUCCCAAGAGCCAUUUUUGUAUCUCACGGUGCCUGUACAGUUUCAUCCAAAAGUAUCUCCUAUGUUUCGUUCACUCUGUUGUGUUCUGAUCAUGUACAGUCGUACUUGGUUGCUGAACGCCUUGCGAGUCGAACGUUUUGGCUUCCAGACACCACAAACCCGGAAGUGAGUGUUCUGGUUUGCGAACGUUCUUUGGAACCCAAACAUCCGGCGUGGCAUACGCGGCUUCUGAUUGGCUGCAGGACCUUCCUGCAACCAAUCGGAAGCCGUGCCUUGGUUUCCGAACAUUUUGAAAGUCGAACGGACUUUUGGAACAGAUUCUGUUUGACUUCCGAGGUACGACUGUAUAUGAUGCACUUUUUCUAUGUCGAUAAAGGAGAUUGAUUGAAUGACUGUGUCCUUCUGCAGGUACCAAAGAGACAGCGUUCAUCUCGGCGGUGAUGGCAGCGGGCCUUGUGCAUUCCGUGACUCAUUCGUGCAGCGUGGGGAACAUGACUGACUGCGCCUGUGACCCCAAGCUACAGAGUGGUGGCUCAGCCAGCGAAGGCUGGCACUGGGGCGGCUGCUCUGAUGACAUCCAGUACGGAAUGUGGCUGAGCAGAAAGUUUUUAGAUGGCCCUGCGGAAAAUGUCACGGGGAAAGAUGGCAGCAGGCUGCAAGCCAUGAACCUGCAUAACAACGAAGCUGGAAGACUGGUAUGGAUUUGACUCCUGUCCUCCCAUUCCACUUGUAAUAUGUAGCCAAUGAAUGGUAGAGGGAGACAGUUUCCUGGCUGCUUCCCCAUGUCCCUGGCCUUAAGCCACCAUGCCCCAAGACCUUCCAUCUCUUUGACCUGCACACGAAAAGAUAGCUUCCUCCGAUUAUGCAUUCCCUGUGUGGAGCUUUUCUUUAAGAAGGGCGGUAUUUAAAUUUUGACAACUAUUAAUAGCAGCAACAAUAAUAACAGUAAUAAUAGGUUUUUUAUUAUUUUUGUGACUGCUGCCCCACAGCUCUUUCUCAAAAUUUGAAAUUUGCCUGCUGGUCCUAAAAGGUGGGCAACCUUUGCCAUAGCUGAAGAGACUGGGUGCAGUUCUGUUUUGAGAAACAGCUUGGCUUUUCAGCUGCAAGAACUGUUGCAAUGAAAGCAAAAACCUGAGCUCUAGUUGUGCAUAUGGCUCUCUCUCACUUACAUGUCUGCUUAUUUGUUCUUUAAUCUCUGGCCUCAUUUCUGAGAAGCAGACGACUCCCAAAUGGAAGAUGUUUAAACAUUUUGGGCAUUGUCAUUUCAUAGCCUUAGAAGCGUAGAAUCUGUUGCUCGGUAGUUAACAAAUGAGCGGAACGUUGCUUGAUCGUGGAUUGUUUUGGUCUCAACUUUUCCCCAGGCCGUCGCAAAGCUGAUGACGGUGGAUUGCCGUUGCCACGGAGUCUCGGGCUCCUGCGCUCUCAAGACGUGCUGGAAGACUAUGUCCUCCUUUGCAAAGAUUGGCAGUCUUUUGAAAGAGAAGUACGAAAGCAGCAUCCAGAUUUCCGACAGGGCGAGAAGAAAGAUACGCAGGAAAGACAAAAGGCAGCGGAAGAUACCGAUCCGCAAAGAAGAUCUGCUGUACAUCCACAAGUCCCCCAACUACUGUGUUGAAGAUCCCAAACUGGGAGUCCCCGGGACGCAAGGAAGGGAAUGCAACCGUACUUCCGAGGGGCCGGAUGGAUGCAACCUCCUGUGCUGCGGCCGCGGUUACAACACACACGUCGUCAGGCAAGUGGAGAGAUGCGACUGCAAGUUUGUUUGGUGUUGUUACGUACGCUGCAGAAGAUGCGAGACCAUGACUGAUGUCCAUACUUGCAAGUGA